AUGCCGCGCCAGCAUCUCAGCCCUACCUUUGUCCCACGCUCCCCCUAUUCUCCUCCGCUCAAGAUCUGGUCGUCUCCGGGCUGGGAGCGCGGGUUUGCACUCCUCCGCCAUCCCGCCCGCGCGUCCCCAGCCUCGACGCGGACGACAGACUAUCCGACGAGCGAGAGCACGCUAUGCGCAUCGCAGCGGCAACUCAGCGAGAUACUCGAACUGGAGGCCUCGCUGAAGACGGUCAGCCCGCCCAAGAUCCCCGCUCUCGCUUCCCCCAUAGAGCUCAAGGCUGGUGCCCGUAGCAGCUGCGCCCACGUCUUUGACUACUCCCCCUUGUUGCAUACCUAUUUCGCCAGUCAUUCCCCGCUAUCCGCUACGAUGCUCACUUCACGCUCUGCCUCACUUCAUUUGUCUGAUGUCCCCGACAUGGCACCCACAGAGUCCCUGAACUCGAUCAGGCGUCUAUCCCAAUCUCGCACUAGUCGCGAUCACGAGGCUGCGAAAUGCAACGUGCACAUCGACGCGUCGACGGUUGACCGCGAUACGGGUCGCGGGCACGGUGGACGACGUGGGUCAGCCAACGAACUCAUCUUUCCGCCCAGUCAAUACUCUGCCCGUCUUCGCAAGCUCGCACCGCCGCCGCUUCAGCUCUCCCCUGUCCAACACCCAGUCAUCCAACGGCGGCGUUCGUUCGUGCGCGAUAACGAGUUAUUAUCCGCGCCCCUCGUUGACAUUCCUCUCGUGUCCGCUGUCCGCCCCACACCGCUUCGCGCUCCGAGCGGCGCCCUUCGCUCGGCGGUAACCGCGAUCGACAUCCCCGAAGACUUGAGCACGUCCUUCUCGAGCUUCGAGAUCCUGCAAUGGCGCAGACGCGUCUCUCGUGUCUUUGACUCUCCCAUGGCGCUCUUCACGCCCGAGCCAAGAAGCGACUCGCCGGCUGUUGGGACUAUCGACACGCCGCCUGCUGCGCUUGUGUUUCCCGCAUCAGUGGCCCUAGCGGAAUCGAGUCCUCAUACCUCGUCGUCGGUAGAGUCGCACUACACGCGUUUCGACGAGCCGCCGGUGGACCCGAUGUCUACUGCCACGUCGGUCGCACAUACGCCUCCACCUCCGGGUCGCACCCGUCUCAUCUCGCUGCCUCCGAUACCCUACGCGUGCUCGUCAGGGGAGGGCGAGGCAGUCCUGUCUCCUCUCAUCCCUGACCUUCGUACUGCACUCUCUGUCCCUGGUUUGAUCAUGCGAGCUGAGCGGUGUGCGGAGGCCGUCGGAGACGCUGCCAUGUUGUUCUCAGUGUUAUGCUCGUGCAGCCUGCUCAAAGAGCCGGAGACGAUCUUCGACCUCUGCAAGUCCCUCCAGCAGACCUUCCACGCAGUCCAGCAGGAGCUCGACGACACGCCCGACGUCAAAAGCACCGAGGAAACUACAGAGAUGCAGGCGUGGUUUCAGAAGCACUGGCAGCACAUCUCGUCUCUCGAGCGGAACCUGAACAUCUUCUACCUCUUCGCUGACGAGCUCCGUGCCCGCCCUCCACGGAUCCACCGCCUCGCCGGGCACAUCGACAAGCUGCACGCCUUCCGCGCCAAGUUCGCGGACGUUGCCCGGCGGCUCGCUGUCUCGCACCAGAAGCUGCACCUCGUCGGUCUGCGCACGCAAUUCCUCAAGGAACACCGCGCCGCUCGGGUUCAGGCCGAGUCCGAGCGCAGGCGACGAGGCGAUUUCCGCGCGAUGUGGACGGAGGGUCGCGCCCGACGCGAGACGUUGAAGGACGAGAUUCGGCACUCGAGGGCGCGGACGCAGCAUGUUCGCCAUGCGUGGAUGGCCGAUCAUGGUUUGUGA